GGUACCCGCUGCUGCAGUCUCGUACGUGCUUUGUUUUGUUCUCAUGGUCAUAUUUAUAGCGGCAUACAGAGCUAUUGCUGCCUGUCGUGUGUUUAUUCACCUCGAUGCAUAUAACAAAAGCAACGGCGAAAAGGUUCAUAAUAAACCGACGGUGGUUAAUCACAACUCCACUUCUCCUUCAGUUAGCCCCACAGGUCCUAGUUCAACGCCGGGUCUUGUCAGCUUCCUGCCCUUGCCCAGUCCCAAGACAACGAAGCCGGGGAUUCGUGCCACUAUGGGCAUUAUGGAUUCGUUUAGGUAUGUACUUGGUCAAAAGUAAAAUGAGAAGAUAUAAUAAUAAUGAGUUCCAGCCCACCACAAUCCGCCUGGAGGAAGCCCCCUUACGAGCGCCGCAGCGACCGCACUUCGGUCGACUCCGAGCCAGACUCGAAGUCCUUACGGUAUAUCUCAGCCGUUUGAGUGGAUAAUGGACAAUGCUUCUCAUCACCGUUUCAUUCCGGGUUUCACAGUUCGAAGGUUGCAAUUUGGAAAUGUAGGAGAAAUAUCUGUAAUCAAAUGGGUUUAUUCGCCCUAGUUGUUCAGUAUAUACUGUGACU